AUGGAGGAGUUCCAGAGUUCAGGGGAGAAGUACAAGGCAUUCAAGGAUAUUUGCAAAAAUGCCUCAGUGGAAGACUGGGCAGCACUGAAAAACUCAGAGAAAAAAACCUAUGUGUGUAUGAAGAGAAAGUAUGACACCAUGAUUCGUCUAGAGCUGGCUCAGAAACAGCUGUGCCCCUCAGGAAAUGCGAGAGCCUCUGGUCAGCAGAUCCAGAAGUCAUCAGCUGAGAUCUGA